AUGUCAUCGCCGGUUUCUAGAGGGGAAGACAGGGGAGAAACCCCACAGAUAGCUGAAGAAAUAGGUGAAAGUACAAGUGAAUUUGAAGAAAUUGAACGCUUGGAAAGUGGAGAUGAAGCGCUGCCAAAUUUUGCAUUCCCCUAUCUUAGAGGAUUCGUUAGCUUAAAAAUAUAUGGCACUUGCCCCUAUUGCGAUCUGCGGUACUCAAAUUUUCAUCAUCUCAACAAACAUUCCUGCUAUAACAAGUUAGCCCGAAAAGCUUGCAGGCAAUCUUAUUGUCAAUAUUGUAAAGAAGAAUUUGUGUCACAUAAACGAUUUAUUUUCCACCUGCAAUUUCAUUUGACUGAGCGGCGGUCUAAGGUGUGUUUGAUUUGCAACAAAGACUUCACGGAUGUAAAUGAAUUUUUCGUGCAUGUCAAUUAUGAGCAUGAUCCACCAGAAAAACUGGCAUGCAAGAUCUGUGAUCGCAUAUUUACAGAUACGGAAACGUUCGGCGCACAUCAGAAAUCACAUGAAACGGAACCAAAAUAUAAGUGUGAUGAAUGCAGCAAAUCUUAUCAUAUUAAACGACUGCUGUUGAAACAUAAAGAGGAUUUCCAUACCAAUAUUGAGUACAAAUGUGACUUAUGUCCAAAAAUAUUUCCUACUUUGCCCAUCUAUGAAAAUCACCUUAAAUGGCAUGAUACUGACGCCGAGGUUCAUGUGUACAUCUGUUCGAAUUGUGGUUUGAUUGGAAGUGAUAAAGAGAAUCUUGAGAAGCAUACCUCAGACUCCUGCUCGGAAUGCUUUGAUUGUGAAAUUGAAGAGGAGAUACUCAUAGCAGCUUAUAGAUGCCAUUUCUGUGCACAAGAUUUCAAAAAUAAGGACUCUCUCAGAAAUCAUCGUGCUACAGGCUUGCACGACAAUGGAAAAUUUUGCUGUCCUGUGUGCAAUGAAGAGCUUGAUAAUCUAAAAGCGAAGCGCAUACAUAUGAUAUCAGUGCAUAAAAACCAGAAAAGCUCAUUAGAAAGUCUACCGCUCAAGCGACUUCUUAUGUGUGAUGUUGGCGAAUGUGAAGAGUGUUAUACUCAAUGGCCUGCUCUGCAACGACACAAGAAUCGCCUACACAAACCAAAUACUUGUCCGAAAUGUAAUCAAAAACUUAAGAAUUGUAAUGAACUAAAAAACCAUAUUGAACAUUGUCGACCAUCUGAAUUCAUCUGCCAAUUUUGUGAUAAAGUGUGUCCAACAAAAAUGUCAUUGGCCGUACAUGUUGGUAGAAGGCAUAAUAAUAAGAAUAUAUUCUGUCCGCAUUGCUCCUGCGCAUACAAAAAUGAGAAGGCGUUGCAAGAUCAUAUCGACUAUUCACACGUGCCUGUGCCUUGUACGCAUUGCGAAAAGGUGAUUAACUGCAAACGAUAUUUGGAGACUCAUAUGCGAGUGGUGCACGAAAGUGAAUGCAGAUAUUAUUGCGAACAUUGCAAUAAAGGUUUUUUUCAUCGUUCACAAAAGGAAUUACAUGAAGUUAAUUUUCAUCCAGACUCAGUUUAUAAAUGCGGCGAAUGUAAUUUCACAACAAAAAACGCAAAAUCACUAGAAAUUCAUAUUGCUAUUCAUUUGAAAAAGUCUGAAUUCAAAUGUCCGUAUUGCCCGAAAAUAUAUGGCCGUAAAAACGCAUUGAGUUCGCAUAUUAAGCGGCAUAAAGAUGAAAGGCCUUUCAGAUGCUCGGAUACUAUUGUUGAUGGUUGUGAUGCUACAUUCAUCGAAAGUUAUCUACUCAAUAGACACAUCGCAAAUAAACAUUCCCUGCGACCCCAAAAAACUAACGAAAAUAGCGCAAAGAGUAAGCGAAAGAAAAAUGCCUUAUACCAACGAAAAUUAGGAAGAAAAAAUAAAAGAGAAGCGCAGGCGUACCAGCCAGCAAUGAGAACUGGAGCAAUUAAAUGUGAAAAUGCCACACAAAUGAAUGAUGUACUUUUCGAAACGAAUGUAGCCAGCUUUCCUGGAGUGGGGGUGUCAGAUGAGAAAGUCUUUAUUAAUAUGGACGGUUUGCAAAAUACAACCAGCGGCGAGGAUUAUAUGCUACUAGUAGUGGACGACGGUGCGAUGCCAUUGGUUAAUAGUACAAAUGGACAACUCUAUGUGCUGGACGACACAGAAAUCACUACAAGUUGAAUACUUACAUUAUACGCAUUUCUGAUGGGUCAAUAAAUAAAUCAAAUGGUUUAUAUACUGCUUACGUAAUACAUUGUAAUGCGUAUUUAUUGUUUUGGGUUUUAAAACUUGUUAAGUAACUAAUUGCAUUGCAUAUACUAUAAAUUACAAGUUCUGUGCACAUUAUUAUUGUUUACAAUUGGCGCUCAAAAAGGAAACGAAAUGAAGUACAGCGCAGUUCACAAACAUCGGCGAUCCAUAUUUCACACGCGGCCGUAUGCAUGCAUGCUUGUUCUUACAAUAAACCAACGCUGUACAUGUGCGUUUUUUCAUUAUUUGAUUAAAUAUUUGUGCAUGUACGAAUGUAUAUUUUUCGCGCUAAAAACCACUACAAGAAACUACAAUUAUAAACAUAUGUAUAAGUUUAGUUACGUAAGUAUGUAUGUCUUUUUGUUGCAUAGCCAAUUUGUAUAGAUAUUGCAUUUACAUAUAAGUUUUUAAAACACACUACAAAUUACUGUAUCAGAAUUUACUUAAUUGCACGCAAUCACAUAAAUUUGACUGCAUUUACAUGUCAUCAAACUGCAGCGUAGUUAA